CGAAGAAUUUGAAAUGGAGAAAAGUUUAGUUCAGAAUGUUUCUCUGCUGAAAUAUCGUAUUUUUCAAUUAUGAUGUCCCUAAAGCUUGGUAAAAUCUACAGUCAUAUUAUGAAGGACAGCAAGGCUACAGCAGCGAGCUAAUUUUGGAAGGAUGAUUUAAACAACCUUAAAGCAAAGUCAUUCAGAGGAUGUCGACAAGCUACAAGAUUGAUAAAGAAAAAUAUGCCAAAAUACCAAUGCUGAAAUUGGCUGUGGAAGGCAAUCUACAGGAAAUAAAAGCAUUAAUCAGUUCAUCACAAAAAUAUGAAGUUAACUAUACACACAAAAAAUCAGGAGAUACACCAUUGAAAUUGGCAUCAAGAUAUGGCCAUCACAACCUAGUUAUGUAUUUGUUAGAGGAAUUUGCUGAUGUUGAGCACCGCGACUUUGAUGGGAAAACUGCUCUUCAUGAUGCUGCUCAGAAUGGGAAUUCAAAGUGUGUGGAAGUUCUGCUUAAGUUUGGAGCAGAUGUUGAUGCUUUAAAAAGAGCUGAUUGGACACCUCUUAUGCUGGCUUGCAGUAAGUGCCACACAGAUGUCAUUGCAAAGCUACUGGAAUGGGGUGCUGAUGUCACAAGGCUUAACAAGGAUGGGUGGAAUGCAUUUCAUAUUGCUGCAAGAGAUGGAACCACAGUCAUUUUAUCAAUGCUGUUACAAAUCAAUGCAGAUGUUUGGAACACUUCAAGCAAAAAUAAAAGGACUCCAUUACACACAGCUGCCAUGCAUGGAAAGUAUGAAAAUGUGGAAUUCCUUGUGCACAAGUGUAAAUAUGAAAGGGACAUGAAAGAUUCUUGUGGAACAACUCCUUUAAUGGAUGCAUUGAGAUUUGGGCACGCCAGUAUUGCAGCUUUUCUCAUUAGAGAGCACAAGGCUGAUGUUCGAGAAAGAGAUAAUCUGGGGCGCAUUGUGCUACAUCUUACAGCACAGGCUGGCCAACUGGUAUCGAGUGAAUAUCUUAUAACAGAACAAGGUUUAGACGUGAACGCAAAGACAACUUCAAAUGGAAUGACUCCGUUGCACUUUGCAGCCAAGGAAGGCCAUCUAGAGCUGCUGCGGAGUCUUAUAAGCCAUGGAGGAGACCCUCGAGCUGUUGACAGCAAAGGUAGAAGCGCCCUGCAUCUUGCCGCUGCUGCUGGGAAGGCAGACAUUGUGAAGGAGCUUAUCUUCACCCAACACGUUAAAGACCAUCCAGACAUACACGGUGUUACAGCCAGAGAAUUCGCCAUAAAAGAUGACGUCAAAGCUAUUUUCAAUUAAGAUUACUAACAUCUCAUGCAGCACAAAGAAUCAAUACAAGAAUAUUUGAGAAAAAUAAAUCUAAUAUCAAGGCAAACAAUUUCUGAACUUUGUAUUGCUGCUCUAUAAAGGUAUAAAUAUAAAAUAUCUAUGAAAAAUAUCUAUAUUAAACUAAAUAUCAACAUACAGUUUGUAGAAAAAUAUAUUAAUAUAUGGUUAUGUACUGGCCCUGUCAGUGACCUAGAUCUGUAAUACGUAUAGCUUUGCAAAGUUCUCUUUGUUCAAUUCCUGCAAAAUCCGCCCUCGCUGAGUCUUUAAAGUUGCUCCAUUAGAUUUCUGGUGUCUUCACAACACUGAAUAGGCUAUCUUGACGGCUCCGGCCAUCAAGGUCUUCGCUUGACAAAGCAUGUACUGUGUCUGUCCAGAAUGGACUCAUUUUCCUGAAAAAGCAGAAUUCUUAGUGUGAGAAAGCUUGAAUGAAGAAAUGACGCUGAAGCCUUCUGCAUGAAAAUGUUUGUAUAUGGAAAUGCUGAGUAGGCAUGGUGGGUGCAGUAUGAAACAGUGGAUGAAAGAUCGGCCUAUUUAUAGAGUACGUAAGUCACGUGGUGCUGCGAAGAUAUCCACAGAUAGGAAUAUAUCAUAUCCAACUUCACAGAAUGAUAAAGAUGUAAAUAUAAGGCUCUCAGGCAAAGUCACUGAAAGAGAAUGUCACAAGGCAAAUAAAAAGAUCAGUUGGCUAGGAGUUCCAUGAAACGAAAUUCUGGAAUAUUUUCCCAAAAAAUAUGACGGCAGAUAAGUGUUAAUUUAUAAUAACUUUCUGACUUUCCAUUUCCGUUUGAUAUUCGACUACUUCACCUGUGUUUAAAUCUAAAGAAAUUAUAUAGUUUCCAAAUAGGUUUGGGCCCUGUUGUAGAUUUAUUUCAAGUUUCUAUAUCAUUUAAAUUUGGUUCUGUUGUUAAUUCUGGGAAUUGAAAAAAAGAGCGAUGUUGUAUCCCAAGAAUAAAACCUGAUUUCUGAAUAAACUUACAAUUUAAUUUGCUCCUUGAUACAAUUUUGGCCUUAAAUACAGCUAUCAUAAUAAAAUAAGGAAAUCACGCGAAAUCUAGUCGAAGGAGAGUGUAAAAUUUGUCACAGUUUUUUCCAUAGAUACUUUGAUUGGCGGGCAAUGUAACCAUUCAUAUUCUAAAAUUGUCCCUUGCUGGUCUACUAUAAUAUUUUCUGUUUGUGAGACUAAAAGCAUCUACCUUGAUUGUAACCAUUGCCGUUUUCUCUGACUUGAUUUCCUCCGUUUCUUCACAGUAGAAUCUUGAUCAUCAUAAACAUCAUCCUUGCCACCUUUUUGUUUCCUUUGAUCUGCUUGGGGUAUCAAGUUAAGAGCAUAUCCAAAG